AUGGUAUUAACUCGCAGCCAGGCUCAUCAACCUAUAAAGAAAAAAUUUACCGAUGAUGAUUUCAGCGAUGAAGAAAAUAUAAAUCCGCUGUCACCAGUACAACCAGAGGAUAUUCAUCUGUCUGAAGAAGCGGACGACUCAGAUUCUGAUUCCGAUGAUGCUCCAGAGGAGGAAAGUACAAGCAAAGCUAGAAGUGAGAUUUUAUUAGAGCAGAAGAAGUUACAGCAGGCUGAGGCAGAAUUAAAGAAACAAGAAAGGGAGAAAAGGAAAGCAUUGGAUUUGCGCAAUACACAACAACAACAAUUGAAAAAGAGUAGACAAUCACCAUUUGAACUUCCCGAGUUUCUACCAGAUGAUGUUGCAUCAAUAAUCAAUCAACCAGCCAAAGCACUGGAAUCAAAUUUGAAACCAAGGCAUAUAAGGUUAGAUGAUAUAGAGCCAUCACCAAAACUAGAUAAAAAGACUUUACUCGAAGAGAAGUUGCGACUCUUGAAGGCAAAGAAAAACGUUGCUUUAAAAAAAGGACCUGUCCAUGUUAAAAUACAAUCAUUCAACAGUAAAGUAGUACCACGGUCCGAAUCAAAGAUAGUUAAGAAUAGAGACAAAUGGUUACAUAGGAAAAGCGUUAAUAGAAAGUAA